GUUGGAUAUGAUGUCUUCAGUUGGUAAGUAUAUUCCUGUUUUUAUUCCUAGUAUAAGUGCUUUUAUGGAUAUUCCGGCUUUUUGUGUAGAUAGCAUAGACCCAUGAAGCUUUUAAUCACGAUUUUAAGUGCUUUCAGUGAUUCAGGCACAUUCACUCCUCCCCCUGCAUUUACGAACAUUUCCGCUAAUUGUCACUUAACUAUUGUUUCUCAUUUUUCACUCUAUUCUGUUUCAUUUUGUUUGCAUUCUUGUGCGAGAUCCUCUUCGGUCUCCUGCUGUUUCUGCCAUUUAUUCACUUACAUACAGAAUCAUUUAUUAAAUUACCAGUUACUGGGCUGAAGAUUUUGCAGUAUCGCAAAGUAUGUACUGAGAUUUCUAGGACUAUUCGUUUAUUAUUAAAACGAUGGCUUCUUGUCGUAUAUGGUCGUGUUAGUAUCCUCAUAUAUAAACUGCAGCACCGUAAGCUGAAGUGUUAUUUUUCACACCUGCUUGUUUCAUAAGAAAGCUAUUUUUCUAAAAAUGUAUGGUUACAUUGCAGUCUAAGUCAAUAACCAUUUUCAGACUGAUAUAUGAGACUGUGAAACCCAUACGUUUGUGGAAUGCCAACGAUACUACUUGCUCAUCCUAACCUCGGUAGUCAAAACUGUAUUCGAACUUGUGCUACAAAAAUAUGAUUAUACUUUAUUUGAUCUAAUCUACAGUGCUCAAACUUUUUGCUGAUAUCAAUGCAAAACUAUACUUGAUAAAAAACUGUUUUCUCAUAUUCUGUAGUUUUAACAGUCAUUUCUAAAAGCCAUAGAGCAGGAGAAAGAAAUACUGGACAGCUCUUCCAUAGGUAGCUGGCAAUUUUAUGUGCACCAAGGAGGAUGCAAAUUAGACCCUAAGCUGUGUCACUUUGAAGAUUUUUAUUAGGGUUGGUCCCAUUUCGUCGACUAAUAAAGCGAUCAACACAUUCGAAUACUCCAUUUCAUAUCCUAUAUUUGGGAUUCAUUGAAGAUGUUUACAACUGCGGCUAUACCAUUUUGUGCGAUUUCGUAUCAAGAAAUAAUAAGGCAAUUAUAAAAGGUGAAAAGUAAUCACAAUUAAUGUUAUGAAAAUAGAACUCUAUGGUGCAUCUCCUUGUUGUUCCGUGACUUUUAUAUACGCAGUUUAUUUCUAAACUAUUUCAGUGAUCUUUAUACAACGAUAAUGUUCAACAUUCAGCUAAAUACAACUCAUUCGCGCGACGACUGACUAAAAUUCCUUGCUAAGUGCAGUUAUAUAAAGGCCUGAUUAGCAGAUGGGUCACGUAGCUCAGUCAAAAGCACCGGUCUGGUAAUCUAAAAUCCAUUGUGGAUUCAGGGUAACUACAAUUUCUUCCUCUAUGUAAAUAUUUGGUUUUUCGGCUUGACUAGGAUCAAAUACGCCUUUGUAAAUGCAACCAUUUUCUUGCUUCAUCAAGUUUCAUUGAUUGAAAUUCAUAUGAAGGAAGAAGCGCUUUCAAUAAAAUAAAUUUUGUGCUAAUUUUAUGUGCAAAUGAAUCAACUGUUCGGUGGCCUAUCAGGUUUGUGUUUACUGUCAUUCUAAAACUAGUGUUUUCCAACGUCGGACCUAGUAAGACUUCGAGGAAAAUGUGCAGGGAUUCAGUGGUAAAUGUCUCAGGCAGCUCUUCAUUUAUGUAACCAACUACCUAGUAGUGUAACUGUUGUUGAAAUCCAACUAUGAACAGAUGAUGCGUCACAACUUUACCCAUUCUUUUACAAAAUGGAUUCAUCGUCCCACCGAUAUAAAGUAGAAACUACAGAUUGGCCUAACAAUAUUAAAGAAAUUUUGUGUACUGGAGAUUGGCGCAUAAGCGAUCUGAAUAAAAACUAUGAGUUGUGCAAUUCCUACUUCAAAAUGCUUCUUGUACCUGCUAAAUGUGAUGAUCAAAUGCUUAUAGAGAGUAGUCGUUUCCGUCAAGGUGGUCGUUUUCCUGUACUUCUUUACUAUCAUAAACCAAGACAGACCGCUUUGUUAAUAGCUGCAGAGCCAAUGAUUGCACAGGCUACUGGUGGAAACAAUCAAAACACUGCAGGAACGCUUUUAUCUUCUCAUCCUGGUUUUGUAUCAGCAACACAGAUGACCACCAAUAGUAAUUCAUUGACAGGUGCUUUAAGUCAGUCUAAAUCUACUAAUGUGAUAAUUAGUCAGUCUUCUAAGAAUCCUGUAUCUCCUUUCAGUUCAACAUCGUUUAAUCGUUGUCGUUUUGAUGAACAACUACUUACAUCUGUAUUACCAGACCGGUACAGAGGUGUUAUACUGGAUUUGAGAACUCAAAGCGAAACCAAAAAACCACAAGUGACAAGUGGCCUUGUUGAAUUCGAACAAUACUAUCCACAAUGGCGACGAGUUUGUCGACCUGUGGAAUCCACUGCCAAUUUAAAUAAUACCUUCAAAAAAUUCAUUAGUGCAUGUACAAUGUCUGGACGUUUAACGCGUUCUACAACUACAACAUUUAGUGCUAUUCAAUCAGGAAUCAGUGAUUCAUUUGGAAUGUUAUCUAAUGCAGCUCUUAAUCCCAUAAGUUCACUAGGAUUACUUAACAAUAUCAGUAAUAAUAUCUCAGCAUCAGUAUAUGAUAGUCCAGCUAACCCGUUUACCGCUGAUAUUAAAGAAUCGAUGAAUACGCCUACAAGGAGGAGUAGUUUAGCUUUAAAUUUAACUUCAUUAGAUAUUCAGUCGUCUAAUUCACCGAAUGAGUCGAAUAUAAAUACUAAUGCUGUGAAAAAAUCCAAAAGAUUUUCAGCCUGGUUAUCAUUAGUACGUGAAGCACUAGCAGCUGCAGUCGCUGGAGCAACAGCGCUGGACGCUUUAGAUGCAUUUGCUCAACAACAAUUACAACAAGAACAAUGUUUGUUGGCGGAGAGACAAAGAAAACAAACCAAAAGCCCUAUUAUUGAAGAGGCAAAAUUACGUGGAUCUUAUGUUUUAGUCCAGAGUAGAAAGGGAACGGAUCGCGCACUUCUUGUUGCUGGUUUAAUUCAAAUUAUUCUUAGUCCUGAGGUUAGAACUAUACAAGGAUUUCAAACACUGAUCGACCAUACUUGGAUAAAUUCAGGUCACCCAUUUGCAGAUCGUUGCCGGAACUCAGCUUUCUGCCUUGAACCACCCAGAGAUGAAAGUCCAGUGUUUAUUCUCUUUUUGGAUUGUGUUUGGCAAUUACUUCGUCAGUACCCAAAUGCUUUUGAAUUUACUGAUGAAUUACUUUGUGAAUUGGCGAAAAAUGCCUAUUUUUCGGAAUUCGGUACAUUUUUAGGAAAUUCACCACAAGAAAGAGAGCAACUUGAUAUCUCAUCGAAAACUGUUUCUCUGUGGUCAUACAUAAAUCAGCAGAAUGUGAUUGGUCGUUUUCGAAAUCCAUUUUAUUCCGGUCCAAAAGAUGGUGAUUUUCAAUCUUUAUCCAUGGAUGGUGGUUACGCCUGUUGGCCGUGUUUAGCUGCACAAGCAUUAGAUGUUUGGGAAGAAUUAUAUCAACAACAGUUGGUUGGUACUCAUGUUGGACUUUGGAAAUUACCACGAGUUAUGGCACAUGCGAUUGUUGAAAAAUUUGAAGCAGAACGUCUUAGAGCGAUUCAGCUACGCACGACGCUCGAUCAACUGAUAAAUGAAGCAGUCAAUAAGAAUAUUAUUGUAAAUCAGUAA